AAGAUAAAUGGAGACAAGACCGCGAUAUGAGCACACAUUAACGAGUGUUUUUGAGGUGUGGUUGUGUGCUUGCUGGAGGUGAUACCUAGCUGUCGCUCACACCAGCUCAUCUACAGUAUACAUAUAUAUACUGUACAUACAUAACUUCUUCAUGGAUACUUUUCACCCUGAGCAAUCCCAGGUGGUGGAGACUUUCCCGAUGACUUCCCUGAACAGGACGAGACACUACAGCAUCAUGGGAGAGAGACCUGGGAGAGUGGAUGUUAAGAUUGGAGAUUUCUUUAGUGCCAUUGAGACUCAGUCCAUGAAGCAGCUACAAAAAUGUAUGCAGAAGGAACCAGAGAAGAUUAAUGGCCAUGGGGGACCUUUCUUCAUCACACCUCUCCAUUUCGCUGCAGAGGUGGGCUGGUUGGAGGGAGCUAGGGAACUCUUGGCGAGAGAAGCGUCUGUAUGUGCCAGAAACCAGUAUGGCCAGACGCCGCUCCACUAUGCCGCCACAGCCAAACACGAACCCAUCACCGCCCUGAUGCUGACCAGCACCACCAGCUUCAAAGCCCUCAAUCUUCGCGACAUGCGGGGAAUGUCGCCAUUGCACGAGGCAGCAGCCAGUGGUUGUCUGCCUGUAGUGAAGAUUCUGCUCGAGCACGACGCCGUAGUCACGUGUCUGGACAACCAAGGAGAGUCACCACUACACAAAGCGGCCAAAGCGGGUGCUUUCAGUGUGAUGGUGGCCCUCAUGGAGGCGGGCGCCGACCUGCAGGAAAAAGAUCUGCGGGGAAUGUGUGCGAUGCGUUGGCUCAUCUUCUCUGCUGACAAUGGUUUGCAGCGUCUGCUGGACCACCUACUCAUCACCAGUGGCAGCAGCAGUUGUCGUCCUCCAGUCACUUUUAACUUCCUGCCGCUCGUGAAGAGCUCGGGGACACAGGAGUGCCGGCUUCUCUCGUACUUCAUCCAGACAGACAACCGAGAUAUUCUCGCCCACCCUGUGUGUCAAGUGUUUAUUCUUAUCAAGUGGAGAAGAAUGAAACCCAUCUUCCUUGGAUACCUAUUGUACUUUAUGAUUUAUGCAAUACUGACAAAUCUGUUCAUAUUCAGGCGCCAAUUGGUUAAAGAAAAUGAUGAAGAACGAACAAUCAACGCCACGCACAUUGCCGAUAAGGACCCCACCACCCAGCCUGACUCUGUAGCAAUACAUGUGAUACACGGGCUACUGUGUGUCAUGACGCUGCUGCUCUUUAUGUCUCAGAUUAACCGUCUCAGGACCCAAGGGUGGCGGGUGUGUGUCUGGGAUUCUAACUUCUGGCUCCAGCUGUCAUCGGUGGUAUGUGUCACAAGCCUCCUUGUCCUGUACUGGUGCCGAGGACUGCCCAGAAAAGAAGACAUGGAAGACAAUAUUGCUACUAUACAGUUACUGUUUCUGCAACUACACUUCCUCUUUAUCCUCAAGAAAUAUCCUUCAUAUGGGCUAUAUGUUGUGAUGUUCAUGAAAGUGGCCAAAGAAUUUUUGAAGUUGUUUGUGGUGUACUGCACACUCUUGCUUACCUUUACUUCUACCAUGUUUCUCACCUUUAACUCUAACGGCUCAGAGAAUACCGUGCAUAGCAGGUGGCCCAUGCUGUUCCUGAAGAGCAUCACCAUGAUGGUGGGGUCUGUGGAGAUCACUGAUUCACUAGUGGAGCAGCACAACUCAAAUCCUAUCACUGCUGGUGCUCUCUUCUUUUUCUCUGUGGUCUUCAUCUCCAUUGUGUUGGCGAAUCUACUUGUCGCCCUCGCUGUCAGUGACAUCCGUGAACUACGAGCCUCGGCCCACCUAACUCGCUUCGCCAGCAUUGUGGAGGCUCUUCAGAACAUUGAGCAGUCGUGUGACUUCCCCUUCCUGUGGCGGCUAGGAAAUUACUGCAGACUGCACACUGCAGCAACGCACGUCCGUAUGUGGCCUAAACACAACUCCCCCCAUCCGUGCAUCACGGUGGAAUUGCGAAAACAGCACCAGCACCGAGCCCAACAAAGAUAUGGUUGGAGUACGUGGCUGGUGGAGCGCCUCCAUCCUCGUGAAUUCCAGGAGAACAUCUCCGUCACGUUGCACGACGAGGUACUGGCGCGAAUCACCGCUAGAGAAACCAUCGCCUUAGAUCCCGACCAGCUGGAUGUACCUCAUGAUUAUAAAGUGUUUUUUGAUGAAAUUCUCAAAAGACUUAGGCUCCUCGAGGUGUCUCGCAUUCAUUGAUUCCUGAAGACCUAAAGAUACUUCACCUCAAGAUAAAGGUAUACCUCACCUAGAGUAGUGAUAGUACUUUAUGACAGACUCAGAUCAACCCAUCAAUCAGGAACACGAGGUUGAUUCAAAGACAUUUCUAUAGCCACUCAAGAAACCUAGAUGAGUAGAGUUUGUGGCCUCUGCAGAUCAAACUCUGCUCUACUGCACAAUAUGUUUUUUUUUUUUUUUCUUUUUUAUCAGUAAACACCACCUGUUGUCAAAACAAAAACAUAGAUGGUGUUGUUAUUGAUGUGGAAACCUCAUUCUUUUUAGUUAGACCACAAACCUCUAUUGAUAUCAUGUCCUGGAGCAUUAAUGCAGUGAAAACCAAAAUAGAAAGCCUGUUUGCUGCCUGAAAGCUGAGCCUGUUUGCAAAGUUUGACGCAGUAAGUUUGAAUGAAAUUAAAACAGUGCCCAAUAUCA